UCUUAAGUCAAGUCAACUGAAGCUAGCCUGAGGCUAAGUUGAAAACUGUCUUCAGGAUAAAGGCAGAGCAUCUCAGUCAGGUUCCACAAAUGCCACAGAUCAAGACUUGAGCAUGGAGGCUACGGGUAACUUCACCGAUCCUGUGGAUGAGGCAGGAGAGGGUACAGAUUCCAGGAUGACACCUACUGAGCCUGAGACAGGAAUGUCAGAUCAGCAUGAGGAAUUGUUAGUGGGGUCUGAUUCGUCAGAGUCCACAUCCUGCACCCAGGACAAGGAACUCCAUGUGGACCAACUUCCUGGAGGACCUUCCAUAGAGUCCUCUACAGAAACGUGUCACUCAACAGAUAAGGGUGAUGACUCUUCUCUGUCUUUCACCAUCAAGGAGAAGAACAAUCCUGAUAAGAUGCUGUAUGUUUACAAGAAGUCCACAGAUGGGUCGGAUGUCACGAUCAACGUGGUGUCCAUGAUUUCUGUCAAUGAUACAACGGACAUGGUAGCGUUGCAGUCUGGACUGGACACAGGCACUGAGUUACGGGUGGAGGAGAAGGAUGGAGCGGCAGAGGAUGAUUCUUCAGGAAGCAAAGCAAGUGAUGAUGUUCCAGAGUAUACAUGUAAUCACUGUGACUUCACCACCAAGAAGAAACAUCUUUGGCUCAGUCACGAGAUACUGCAUGCUGUACCUGAUGAUAAACACCUUUAUUAUUGUUCCCAGUGUAGCUACUCAACUCGACAGCGGUUCAACCUCAAGACGCACGUAAAGAGCCACUUUGACAUCAAGGAAAUGGACCCCAGUGAAUUGUUCAAGUGCACUCAAUGUGAUUACGUAUCCAUGUACAAGUAUGAUCUGCAGACACAUUCCAAGAAGCAUGACCCUGAUAAACGCCAUAAAUGUUUUUACUGCGACUUCUCCAGCAUCUACAGGCACAGCCUGCUGCACCACAUCUCUUCCAAGCAUCAUGGUGUCCGACCGUUCCAGUGCUCGCUCUGUUCGUUUUCCGCUGCAAAGAAGUCGGAUCUUGAGACACACUUGUUUAAACACGACAAUCAGAAGCGAUACCAGUGCAGCGAGUGCGACUACAAGACAACCUACAAGCAGUGCCUGGAGUCUCAUAUGAACACCCACAAAGGCGAUAAGCCAUUCCAGUGUACACAGCCGGGAUGUUCCUUCUCCACAAACUCCAAGUCGAACCUGAACUCGCACCUCACCAUGCACAAGAAGAGAAGCCGAUGCGAGUCGUGCGGCUAUGAAUCCAUAAAUGCGGAAAGAUUGCAAAACCACACGUGCCUUGAAACGCAGAAGAAGAGAGAGAUCAAUGAGAGGAUAAGAAUGGUCCAGGUUGCUCCGCCAUCUAAGAAAGAAGACGGCAAGCUGGAGUACAGAUGCCCAGACUGUGGUUAUGUGUCAACGAGCAAGCACAGUAUGAAGCGACACAGUAUGGUCCACAAUGCUGAACGGGAAAAACCCGAUAAGGUCCAUCAGUGUAUCCACUGUGACUAUGUGACUGCGUACAAGAGCAGCCUGACGAGACACAUGGCUCGACACUCUCUUGUGAAACCCCUGAAAUGCGGACAUUGUGACUACUCGACCAUCACAAUGACCCAGAUGCAUGCACACGUAGCCAAGCACACAGGUAUUAAGCAGUUCGCCUGUGAUCUUUGCACCUACCGCACUGCCAACAAACAGCACCUGAAAAACCACAUGUCCAAGCACUCCAACCUACGCUAUAAGUGCAACGCCUGUGGGCACAUUACCGCCUGGAAGGAUCGCAUGCGCCUCCACCUCAAGCAACAUGAAAGGGGCCAGAUCUUUGUCCGGUCGGUCAAGCCAUCGCCGCGGCCGCUGCCCGUCCAGACUUUGACCACAGACUGUCGGUUGGUCACCACCGAUGGUCAAGUCCUGGAGGUGUUGAAUGUUCUAAACGACGAUAGCAUCAAGACAGUCGAAGGAAGUGAGACAUUGAUAACCUUGAACGAACUAGCCGACAGAAUACAGAAUUCGAUCAGGGAGGAUGAGGGGCAAGGAAAGACAGUCGAUCAAGAUGAAGAUAUGGAUGUGGUUCAGAAAGAUGGUGAUAUGAUGGUAGUCGGAGGAGAGGAAAUAGUCAGUGAUCAACAGGAUCAGACAGUAGGGAGUGAGAUGGUUAGCCAAGGAGAUGGCGAAGAAGGGACCAUCACGAUUGUUACCGAUCACGAAGGUUCAGAUUUACGAUUGCAUCUUAGUGGUGGUGAAGAGAGUCCAAGGUCUCGAUCAGUCUAUAAUUUAGAAUUCAGCAAUGAGAGCCCUAUCACAGUAGCAGAAUAGGAGAAAACAUCUUAACAAA